AGAUAAGUACAAAAAAAAAAAAAAUAAUCCUGAGUUUAAAAAAAAAAAAACUGUUUUCAAAAUGAAAUACUAUUUAAUUAUACUUGUUUUUGUUGCUUUACUGGCAAACAAUAAUUCAAUUGCUCAGAGAUCAGUUGGUGGCAGAGGAAUUUUACGACGAAACUACACUGGAAAGAAGCCAGUUUUAAUCCAACAUCGCACUCAAGAUGCAGUGAAUUAUUAUGACCAUGAAAAUGGUGCAAAGAUUAUAAAAUCCUCACAUUUCGAACUGGACUAUACGCUUGGAAGGAAAAUAACAUUUUUCUGUAUGGCACAGGGUCAACCAAGACCAACGAUUACUUGGUUCAAGGAUGGUGCAGAGCUUUACCAACAUCGAUUCUUCCAGGUCCAUGAAUCCAUGGUCGAUAGUGACAUAAUCAAAUCCAAAAUGGAAAUAGAUCCAACAACACAAAUGGAUGCAGGAUAUUAUGAGUGCCAAGCGGAUAACAUUUACGCAAUCGAUCGAAGAGGAUUUCGAACUGAUUACGUGAUGAUUAACUUCUAAAUCUUUCUAAAACAUAGUAUAAUUUCGAGAACAAUAUUAGGCUUAAUACAAAAACAACAACAAAAACAAUUAAAUUAUAAUAUUAUUUUUUUUUAUUGUAGUAAUAUAUUAAUUUGGUUCAUCAAACUUGCCACCCGA